AUGAGCGGGGGUGCAGCUGCGGCGGAGCGGCAGGCGCCGGGUCCGCGGCCACUGUCUUCCCCGUCACCGCUUUCUUUCUCGUCUUCCCACUCCUUCCUCCGCCCGCCGAGUGCUGCCCGCCCCGGAGAGCUGCCCGGAGCUCCCCGGGAGACUCAGGUUUUGUGAAUAACAUCUCCAGGCUGUGUCCAUCCAAGUCACUUAUUUCCGUGAAACUGCACCAACCAAGACUGCUGAUGAGAGAUGAGGAAGAGGAGUCAGAAAGGGAACGCAGGCUGGGAAAAGGGAAGCCUCUGCCCAGAUUCAAGCUUUUUGUGAAAUGAAAUACUAGGGGGUUUGGUGUGCUUGUUGUUUGCAUAAAGCAAAAAAGAAGCCAACAUUUUCUAAACAACAGGUGGUGAAGACUUAUUUUGCUGAGAAGUAGAAGAGUACUUCUUCAUUAAAAACGAUGCCUCCCAAGUUUAAGCGCCACCUAAAUGAUGAUGAUGUCACUGGUUCUGUGAAAAGUGAAAGGAGAAAUCUUUUGGAAGAUGAUUCAGAUGAAGAAGAGGACUUUUUUCUAAGGGGACCAUCUGGACCAAGAUUUGGACCUCGAAAUGAAAAAAUUAAGCAUGUUCAGAAUCAGGUGGAUGAAGUCAUUGAUGUCAUGCAAGAAAAUAUUACAAAGGUAAUAGAAAGAGGGGAGAGACUAGAUGAACUACAGGACAAAUCAGAAAGCUUAUCGGAUAAUGCAACUGCUUUUAGCAACAGAUCCAAACAGCUUCGAAGGCAAAUGUGGUGGCGUGGAUGCAAAAUAAAAGCCAUCAUGGCUUUGGUUGCUGUUAUCCUUUUGUUAGUGAUUAUCAUUCUUAUAGUUGUGAAAUACCGUACUUGAUUUGAUGACAGAUCUUCAUUAAAAUCUGGGACAAUAAUAAUAAAAGAUUGCUGCAUAAUUUA